UGUUUGCAGCUGGCUUGUCAUUUAUGCGUAGAGCUAGGUUGAGGAUAGCAAGGCGAAUGACUGAGACAUACUGCUUGGGAUUAACUAGAGGCACUUUAACAAGCAGCAUCUCAACCGGACCUAUUCGAGGGAGAGAGAGGAAAUAAAUCACUCAUAACAGAACAUCAUUUGGGAAAAUAACCAAAAUACUCUUGAACGACCUGGGAUCUCUGGUGUGUAGAUCUUCCUGCAUUUCGAAACAAUACAUUUGUAGUAAUUAAUAUAAACAACGCUCCUGUAUUAAAGCAAUUUCACGAUGUCCUCGUCGUCACAACAAGCGUCUCAAAGAAUGCGUCGCAAUGGCUCACCGACUUCGAACCGCCUGCAGCCCAUCAGGGCCACCGUGCCCUUUCAGCUUAGACAAGGCAAUAACAGCCCGACCCGCUCCUCCUCCUGCAACGGCACGAUUAGCACCAGCUCACCGGCAACGGCAACGGCAACAGCUACAGCUCACUCUACAGCAACUGCAACCACCUCGACCUCAACAGCAGCCACAUUCACCACCCCCAACGGACAGAAACUUUCCCCAACAUCCUCGCCCACCUCUUCGUUCUGGGUUCCGGCUACAAUUGUCGCCUCGGACGGACGGAUGAGACAUAGGCGGUCAUCUGACAGUCGAAGCCCACCUGAAAGAAGGAGCCCUAGCUCUCCUGUUUAUAAAGUUGAAAGAUCCAAAUCUCAACAGAUGAGAACCUCCAGUACAAUCCGGCGCACCUCUUCUCUAGAUACCAUAACAGGACCUUAUCUCACAGGACAGUGGCCACGUGAUCCUCAUGUACACUACCCAUCAUCUAUGAAGGAUGAAUCUACACAGACACCCAGUUUUUGGUCAGAUGAAGGAACAGAAAAGAAAAGCACACAUCAGCGCUCUGCUUCAUGGGGAAGUGCUGAUCAGCUAAAGGAGCAGAUUGCCAAAUUAAGGCAGCAGCUCCAACGCAGUAAGCAAAGCAGUCGGCACAACAAGGAGAAGGACCGCCAGUCUCCACUCCAUGGUAAUCAUACAGCUAUCAACCAGUCUCAGGCCUCUGCUACAAGACUUAUCGCAGGCCCUGCAUUAAACAUUACCCUUUCAAAAUCUGCAAUUUCACGGGUGCGGAACAGUGUUGAAGGCAUAAAUCAAGAAAUAGAGCGAAUGUUUAUUAAAGACAGUGGUGAAAGGGAAGAAUUGUCAAGGCCCCUGGAGAUUCCUGAUGGCCGCCGAGCACCAUUCCCUACCCACUACCGCAGCAGCAGUACUCGCAGUGUUGACACACAGACACCCUCUGUCCAAGAGCGCAGUAGUAGCUGCAGCAGCCACUCACCAUGUGUCUCCCCUUUCUACCCUACUGGAUCUCAGGAGGGAAGCCCAUGCUCAGCAGAAGACCUUCAGUAUGACAGGGACAGAGACAGUAGGAGUAGCUCACCACUCCCCAAGUAUGCUUCAUCACCCAAACCAAACAACAGUUACAUGUUCAAACGAGAACCUCCAGAGGGAUGUGAAAAGGUGAAGGUCUUUGAGGAAAUGAUGUCUCGUCCUCCCACCUCCGUCCCUUUGUUUUCUUGUCCGGACAGAAACAAAGUGAACUUCACUCCCAAAGGAUCAGCUUUCUUUCCUGUGAGCAUCUUGAGCCGACCUCUGUUCCCCACCUCUGAUCUGUUACUCAAGAGCUCAUCAAUCUCUGGCCUCAAUCCUAGCGUAGCAUCCAGCACUGUGACUGCAGAGCAGUUUCCAUCUCAGGUCUCAUUCUCACCUUUGUUAGAUGACACCAGCACAAGGGACUCUGAGGCCUUGGUUCAGCAGACGUUGUGUCAACAGCAACAGCUCCAUGAUUCUCAACGUGAAGAACUUUCCUCAGCUCAGAACUUUGUGCUAAUCUAGCCCUUGCACCUCCCACUGCUGCCCCUCUGGGUUGGAGCAGGUCUCUGCCGUUAUCUAGGAGCAGCCUAUAUAUCUGCAUGGAGUAGCAACUGCAUUCUGAACAAAGGCUCUUAGAAUUUUAGCAUAUCUUCUACUGUUACACUGGCAGGGAUAGAUUUCCUUUUUUAGGAAAUUUUAGAAGCAGUGAUGCUUGUAAAACACGUGCUUUCAUAUGAGUGUUUUAAGUGCAGACUAUGCAUUACAUGGUAAGUUUGGAUGGAUUAGUACUGUUGUUCUGUGUUCUGUUCCAUCUCCUACAAUAACAGAAAAGCUCUCUAUAUAAAAAUGCCUGUCUAAAAGAUAGAAAAUAGAUGGUCGUUAUGUCCAAUGGUUAAAAAAUAUUGUUUACAAACAAUCCAGGUCAUUUAAGUUUAUAAAUUUCUGUAAUACAUACAAUGCAAAAAAGAAAAAUGGCCACAACAGUUGCACAGUGCCCACCCUAUGGCCUAGCUUCAGGUACUUCAGUUGAACUCUAAACUCAGGUAAUUUGGAAUGUAUAUCCACAUAGGAUUUUAACGAAUUCGUGGCUGAACAGGCUAAGGGGAAUUUGGGGUAAGCAUCACUCUCUUGCCUUUACGUUUUAUACAUUAACCUUUCCUCAUUACAUUCCACUUUCUUUAACUAAAAGUGCAUUCUGAUCCAGGGAAGACUUGGACGAGUGAAUACUAAACAAAAACCAGCAUUUCUGUGAUGUGUGACAUCACUUGUUUUCAUGGAUGUUCAGUCAAGAUUUACAUAAACCAUUGCUUUGGAAUCUAUCAAGGUUUUUUGACAUUUCAGAAACGAAGAUAAAGUGUUUCAGGUGUUGAAGACUGUUAAACUGUUACAAAUAGUUGUGUUGAAUACUGGGCUGUAUCUAAGAAACAUUCCAUGUUGUAAAAAAUCUGAAUGAUCAAAUCUUUAAAUUUCGUAAUCAGACUCUUCAGGUUCUUGUGUUAGAUAUGUUCCCUUUUCUGUGUGUGAAGUUUGGAAUUGGCAGACAAAGUGAAGUAGUGUUACAAAGACUAAGUUAAAUUAAUGUUUAGUUUCUCAUCAUGAAUCCACUUUUUAUUUUAACAACCUUGCACUUUCUUCCUGUGGCUCCUGCAAGGUGCCCUUUCUUUUGUAAAGAGAGUUUUUUUAAAAGAACGAUUACUUAAGUAGUAUUUAUUUAACUGAAAUGUGAUAAAUUAAGGUCCCGCAUGGCUGAUUAUCACUUUAGGAUUCAUUUCGAUUAAUAUCUGCUAUUAUUUAAAAAAUAUUAUACUAGAAAGGAUAAAAAAAAUUGCUGUUUGUUUGUGGAACAAGAGUUUAGGACUCUGCAUUCAACUAUGGAAGAAAGUUUGUAGCUGCUGUUGAAUUUUACCAUUGUGGUUGGUACAAGUGACAUAAGGUUAAUCUACGAGAACUCAGUGAGAGAUACUGAUGUAUCCAAAAUCCCUUAUUAAUCUUUCAUUUGAGAAACUAGAUAUUAAUUUUUACCAAACACUGUAGCAAAUCUGUUCUGAUUAUGAUCUUUAUAAAGGUUUUAAACCAAAUGGGUUAAAAUUUAGCUAACUUCAAAAAGAAACAUACAUUUAAAAUAUUAUUGGUCUUGAAGUGUAUCCUACAUCUAGAUGUAGAAAUUUUUUGUCAAAUGCAUUGUUUAAAAAUUGUUUCAAAUUUUGUAUAGGGUCUUGCUGUUAUUUCUAGCCAUCGUGCUAAACAGUAUUUAUGAGUUGCCACACAAUGCUUCAAAUAAUGCGCAGUGUGGCUUUUGUUUUGUAUUUUUUUCAGUAUAUAGUUCUCGUGACUUAUUUAAAAUAAAAUUAUAGCGAACAGCAUGAAUAAAG